AUGCAGACCUCCCUUCUCCAUAACCUAGUUGUUGGAACUCCAGUCAUCUCAGCAACUUAUGAUCAGUUUCAAAAGCCAGUUAACAGAUACUUACCUGGUCCUAUCCCUCAAUGUCAAUGUUCAACCACAACAUCAAAGCAAAUGAGACUGAGGACAAAUAUAUCAGAAACUGUCAAGAGAAAGUUAACCUUAGGGGCUCGCAUUCUUCGAGUGGGUGGAAUGGAAAACGUGUUUAAGCAGUUUUUUAGUGUGAGAGAAGGAGAGAGGCUUUUGAAAGCUUCCCAGUGUUAUUUGUCCACCACAUCUGGUCCUCUAGCAGGUUUCCUCUUCAUAUCCACAGAUAAGGUGACCUUCUGCAGUGAGAGAUCAAUGAAAGUCUUUACUCAGAAAGGCCAUAUGUUGAGGAUCCGUUAUAAGGUUGUCAUUCCACUGAAGAAGAUAAAGAGUGUGAACCAAAGUAAAAAUGCUCAGAAGCCAACACAGAAGUACAUAGAGAUUAUCACGGAGGACAACUUUGAUUUCUGGUUUAUGGGUGUCUUCAAAUAUCAAAAUACUUUAAAAUAUCUUGAGCAGGCAGUUUCUCAGGCUGUUUAA